AUGAGUGAUGGAAAUAUGGCGUCUGAUCUAGCACACUUAGUCAAUCGCCUCCAAAAGACAAAAGGAAACUUCAUGUACGAUGAGUAUCGCCUGCUGAUAUGCCUUGUCAUCCAAAGACCACCGGACAUUGAACUCCAGAGUAUUGAAAAAUGGAACAUUGAUAUCUGGACAGCUGUUUUUAGUCUCAUUAACAACUUCUCUCAAACAACUCCUCCAAUGAGCAUCCCCCCCUCCUUUGACAGCACACCAGUCAAAUCCAACUCCUCAUCACAGAAAGGUUCUGAGCAGACACAUGAGUUGGUAAAUCCAAGAAUCUUUGAGGAGAUACAUGACUGUACAUUUCAAGAUGUUAAGGGCUUCUUUGACAUAUACUUUGAGGAGAAGGACUGGAGUGGCAAAGCAGAUGCCAUCUGUCAACAUGUACUGGCCCCAGACAGUGAUGAAUCACACAGCAUCUACUGCACCACAAUGAGCAAAGCAGAUCUUACUGGUUCAAAGGCAGAACAGCAAGUCGACCUUCUUUUGCAAGCUAGGGGUGGGAGCCUCUCACAAAACAAACACAACUGGAGAGACAUCCUGGUGAUUGGUGAGCUCAAAAAAUCUAAGAAGGAGAUCAGGAUCAAAGCCACACUGCUGCAGAUCAGCUGCUGUGUGCAUGAGGUUUUUGCUGCACAGCCCACCCGGCGGUUUGUCCACGCAUUCACUGUCUGUGGAACCAAGAUGGAGGCGUGGGUGUUUGACCGCUCAGGCCCCUACAGCUCAGGCAUCAUUGAUGUCUACACGGACUCAAAACGGUUCUCUCAAGUGCUUGUGGGCUACACCAUGAUGAGUGAUGAGGAGCUGGGACUGGACAUCUUUAUUGCUAGAAAUAAAGACAAAUCAAUAGUCAUCAAAGAGCCUGGGAACUCAGAGGAAAAGAAGGUGUUGCUGGGUAAAAUGCUUUCCUAUCAGAGUGCCAUUGUGUGCCGUGGAACCACAUGUUUUCUCGCAAAUGAUGGACAAGUGGAGGGUGUAGCCAAAUUCUCAUGGGUGUCAGACAAGAGGCGGCCAGAGGCGGAACUCCUCAAGCUGGCAGAUCAGAAGAAUGUCUGGGGGUCGCCAGGAUCAUUGGCCAUGUUGCCAUCACUACCCCCAGCACAACCUCCUGAUUUCAUCGAUCCCAGCCGCUCACUGAGCCCUGUUGCUCCGAUAUCCGUCGAAAGUUGUCAUCCACACACAAGCCAAGCCUCUGACAGGAAUGAUGAGGAACUCUAUGACAACUGUGUUCUCCAGUGUCUUGUGAUCUCACCUGCUGGCCGGCCAAUCUAUGACUACAGAUCACCCUUGGAGCUUCUCACAGCACUUCGCGAUGCAAUAAAGGCGCACCGGUCUCUUUACCUGGAUGGGAACAUUCUUCAUCUGGAUAUUUCAGAGAACAACAUAAUAAUCACUGAUCCAGACAAGGCAGAUGGCCACUCAGGCAUGCUAAUUGAUCUGGAUCUUGCCAAAGAAGUUGGGAGUGAGCGAAGUGGUGCACGGCACCGCACUGGUACAAUGGAGUUCAUGGCAAUUGAGGUGCUGCUUAAUAUCGACCAUACCUAUCGGCAUGAUCUUGAAUCAUUUUUCUACGUGCUUAUCUGGCAGUGCUAUACUGGUAACUAUGAGGACAUUGCAAAUGCCAAGUAUGUCCAUAUGAACAGAGCUGAAAACCUUGGAUUUGGAUUCAUUUUGAGGGAGUUCCCUGCAAAAUUUCAUGGCAUUGUACCGCUUUGCCAGGCCCUACGAGACAUUCUCUUUCCUUACAAUGACAAAGGAAUUAUCAUUGGUACCCCACAAGACCCAAACCGCUAA